UCUCCGUUGUCAUAGUGAAAUUCAACAAUCAAUUUAUAACAUUUUUGUGCUUCGGCUUGCUUUUGGUUGCCAGACAUUUACAAUGGAACUUCAAAGUGAACUAAUCCGACCUUCUCGGAAUAAACACCGUUCGAAUGCCGUCACUGCUAUGCGCGUAAUUGAUCGACGAGAAGCGGUGACAGAGCUGGAGCAAAAAUUGGCAAAAAGUAAGAAACAGCUAUUACGAGAAGAAGUGACCUCAUUUGAAAAACGAACAGCAAUAGCAGAAAAGAGAGAACAACUUGAGUACGAAGAGCUACAAAGCUUGCAGCUUUUUCAGACAAACUUGAAAAUUCGUGAAUCUGUUUUAUCGGCUCUGGAAAAUGACGAAGAAGAAUGUCGAAAACUGAGCGAGGAGCAACACCUUCACCUACUCCAGAUGCAGCAGCUUGAAGGCGACCUAACCCAGUUAAUGACCAAGCUGGAGUUCUUGCAAAACUACCAGAACACUAUAUCGGACGUGGAAGGCUUUGACAGAGUGGUCAGUAAAUUUCAAGAGUUAAACCAAACAUGGCAAAACACGGUUACUGACUACCAUGAAAUAUUAACCAGCGCAACCAAAUCAACGUUUAGAAAGGGACAUCCAAUGGAGGCUGUGAUGCGGACCCUAGUUGGAACGAAUGCUGCCGACAGUCAACGAGUUACGCAUUCACGCGAAUCAACGGAUAGCAACAAGACGGCACGCAAUGCACAGUGGCAGACUUGUACGAUGGUAGAAUCGUUCAAACAACACGGCCAUACUUACUUGGCAAUUGUAAACUUAGCAGCGCACUUGUCGUUUCACCCAAUAGCGAGAACUCUUACGAACGUAGGUGGUUCUAAUCUACGGGCUGUUAAACCUACCAAAACUCUUUUCGGAAAAAAAGACGAGUUGGAGCGAGUUCCUAGCAUCGAACAGAUCAAUCUACCAGUACAGAGCAACAAAGAAAGAUGGAGAGCAUUGGCUGCGGCAGCCAUGGGCGAUGGUAGAGGGCAAACUCGGGGUGAAACGGAUGCUUCUGUUUCAUCCGACAUAGGUCGAGCUACUGACUCGAUGAGCAUUGAAAUAGAGAACAAACUACUGGCAAGUGCUGAAGUUUGCAGCGUUUCGCCCAUUUGCCCGAAACAAUCCAUCAUCAAUCAAAUUGCUGUUAGCAAACUCAAUUUCAUAGAACAAAUUUUAUACGACUUGACAUUGAUCAAAGACGAGAUCGAAUUUCACACUGAUCCCUUAUUUUACAAUGAACCCGGGCAUUCGUUUGCCUAAGCAGGAAGAAGGUCUUCCACGUUUUCCUCCAAAAUUAAGUAGCCUAGGACAAUUCGUCAAAAUCCUAUCCAACCGCACAUGGAAAAAAGGAUUUUACAUCAAUUUGUCAGUAGAAUUUAUGCGCCCACCUUAUUUAAUUCUCUUUUUAAUGACGUGUGUCUGAAAUAACUAAAACGCAGAAUAUAAUGCUGUGAAUCAUGA